UAAACGAACCUAAAAGAACAGCUCGCCGUCUCCGCCGAAUGGCUACUUUCCCGAACCCGUCGACGACUCUCCGAGCCGGCGCGCAGUGACCGCUUCGAGAAGCUUCCAGAAGGUCUCCCGCCAUGGCCGCACCCUUCUUCUCCACUCCCUUCCAGCCCUACGUCUACCAGAGCCAGCAAGGAUCUGUGACGGCGUUUCAGAUAUCCGGAGGAGAUGUGCAGGUCCUGCAGGUGAUGUUGAAAUCUCAGGAGAAGUUAACUGCAAAACCAGGUACAAUGUGCUACAUGUCCGGGAACAUGCAGAUGGACAAUAAUUACUUGCCUGAAAAUGAUGGAGGCGUGUGGCAGUGGAUUUUUGGGAAAAGCGUAAGCAGCACCGUUUUCUUCAAUACUGGAUCCGAUGAUGGAUAUGUCGGGAUUGCUGCACCAUUUCCUGGGAGGAUACUGCCGGUAGAUCUAGCAAACUUUGGUGGAGAACUUCUUUGCCAUGCAGAUGCUUUUCUGUGUUCAGUCAAUGAUGUGUCAGUCACCAGUACAGUUGAGCCACGACCACGGAAUAUUGAGAUUGGUGCAGAGAUGAUCCUUAAACAAAAGCUUAGGGGCCAGGGGAUGGCUUUUCUUGUCGGCGGUGGAUCAGUCAUGCAGAAAAUCCUUGCUCCCCAAGAGGUUAUUACUGUUGAUGCUGCUUGUAUUGUGGCUAUGACAACUACCAUCAACUUCCAAUUGAAGAGCCCUAACCAACUUAGAAGAGCAGUCUUUGGGGGUGAAAACCAGCUAACAGCAUCUCUCACGGGACCAGGUGUUGUUUUCAUUCAGAGUCUGCCCUUCCAUCGGCUCUCACAGCGGAUUGCCAGCAGUAGAUCAGUGGUGGGCCCAAGUUUGAGGGACAACCCGAAGUUCUUCAUCCAGAUUGUCAUGUUCUUCUUCCUGGCCUAUGUCAUGAUUGUAUCAUCUAUAAUUCUUACAGAUGUUUAGACAUUUCAUCAAGCUUUUGGUGUACUCGUAGACAUGUUCUUGAAGAGCUACCUCCCCAGUGUAGAUUAAGAGAAGGAAAUUCACAAACUGGUGUUAGAAACCUUAGCCAAAAGUUCGUCAAAUUUUUUUGGUAACAGUUUGGAGCAGCGAGCCCUGGACCCUGGUUACUUGGUUAGCGUGUAAAGAGUAAGACAGCAAAAUCAAGUUGCACAGCAUAUGGUGAAUAUACAUUAACUUAUCCUCCUCCGCUAA